AAUCGCAAAUUCGGGCUGCUUUGUCAGGGUUAUUGAUCAGCAUAUCGAUUAGUACACUGGGUUGCUAUGAUGCUACUAUAGCUUCUUCAAUGCUUAUGAUGUAUAGAAUGCAUGUGCGCUAAGAGUUCCUUCUAUGCGUGGACCGCACUGGAAACAAAAUGUGCGUGCUUGAGCACUUCUCUCGUCAAAGGCGGAUACUUUGCCGUUUGCGGAACUGGGUGCUAAGCCGGCCCGAGUGGCAAUAGAAUACAAAACGGUUAUGUCUUUGGUGCGGCGCAGCAGCGGCCUUGCCCCAAGUAGGGCCCCCGGUUCUGAAGACCUGGCGUGGCGCUGUCGCGACGUGCACCCGCCGUUUACCGGGACACGCAUGAGGCAACUACGAAGUCCGGGGCUUGUUGUUCUAGCCGGUCCCCCGCAAUCCAGCCCCUGCGCUUGCACCCAGCACCGCUGCAGCAGAGCCGCGGCAUGGGGCGGGUGGCGGCGGCGCCCACAGAGCACAACAGCGGCCUCUGCCUUCGCAGCAGCAGGCGCAGCUGACACUGCUGUUACCAAAGCCACUGGCUACACAUCGCUUUCCGUGUCUGCAAGGCGGGCGUGUCACACGCUUAGAGCGUUGCCAGCAGGCGGCGCGCCCGUGGCGCUGGCGGCGGCCUCGCUCGCAACGGCGACUGCGACGCCAACGGCUGCGGGGGUCCCCGGCGGCGCGGCAUCGCUGUCGCAACUGGUGGUGGCGGCGGCGCAGCCAGUGGCCAAGCUGGCACUGUUCUGCGCUGUGGGCGCUUGGGCGUCUCGGCAGGGCCUGCUCACGGCUGACGGGCGGCGGGUGAUCUCCACCCUGACGCUGCACAUCUUCACGCCCUGCCUGCUGUUCAGCAAGCUGGCCACGGGCGUGGGGCUGGCGGAGGUGGCGAGGCUGUGGGUGGUGUCAUGGAACAUGGUGUUCAGUCACGUGGUGGGUCUGCUUCUGGGGCUGGCGGCGGCGCGGCUGCUGGGUGUGCCGGCCCGGCUGCAGCCGCACCUGGUGCUGGCCUGCGGGGUGGGCAACGUGGGCAACAUGCCCUUCAUCCUCUGCGCAUCGCUGGCCGCUGACACCGCCCUGCCGUUCGCCGCGGCCCUGGGCGCCACCCUCGCUACCGAGCUGGCCCUGAGGUAUGUGGCACUCAGCAACUUCAUAGCCACUCUCAUUCAGUUCCCGCUCGCCUACAUCUUCCUCUACAAGCCGCCGCAGCUACAGCCGCCGGCAUCAGCAACUGCCGCUGCCGCUGACGGAGCUAGCAGCAGUGCAGGCGGCGGCAGUAGCAGCACUGGCGGGAAAGACAGCGGCAGCAGCCAGCCGCAGCAGCAACCGCUGUGGCGGACUGUGCUGUCGGGAAUGCUUACGCCGCCCACAGUCGCUAGCCUGGCGGCGGUGCUGGUGGCGAGUGUGCCUGUCGUGAGGGACGCGCUGUAUGCAUCGGGUGGCAGUCUGGUCCUGGUGGGGGAGGUGGUGGAGUCGCUGGGGGCCGUGUGCAUCCCCGCGCUGCUGCUGGUGCUGGGAGCCAACCUGGGCCGCGGGCCGGGCGUGGCGGCGGGCCGGCUGCCCGCAGCGGCGGUGGUGGCGGCGGUGGUCACACGCCUCCUGGCGGUGCCGCUGGUGUGCGGGGCGCUGCUGUGGGGGGCUUGGAGCGCGGGCCUGCUUCCCGGCUGCGACCCGCUGUCUCUGCUGGUGAUGCUGGUGAUGCACACCACACCCACCGCCGUAAUGGUGCACUCCAUGGCCAGCAUCUUCAAUAACGCUGAGGACGAGGUGGCUGUGCUGCUGUUCUGGCAGUACCUGGCGAGCCUGAUCACACUUCCGCUCGCCAUAAGCUGGGUGCUCAAGAUGCUCACGCCCGUGGCGGCGGCGCCGGGGGCGUGGAGCGGUUCGGCAGGAGCGGCAGCAGCUGCCGGAGCAGUGGCGGCGGCGGCCGCGGCCGCGGCAGGAUGACGGGAGGCCGGGAUGGGAAGCUGCUGGAUGGGGGGCAAGGGCUUCACGUACGCAGGAUCCACACAAAUGGGCUGCAAGGAGGAAGGUAUGUGUGUGUCGGGUUCAGGGGGUGGAGGCAUGGAGGAGCCUUGGGAAAGGGCGGGUGAGUUCCGCUGUGGUCGGUAGAUACUAGAUAGUCAGUUCCUCAGGGUUCCUUUUAUAGUUUCCUAAGGGCUCCUCAUCAUGCAUGUCUGUCAUGACGAUCUGGGGGGCUAUAACCGACCGUCAGUGCACCGAUGUCGUAUGCCAGCAUGCGUGCAUCGGCAGCACAAGAUUAAUUAUUAUGUGAGCCGUACCUAGGUGACGUGUAUAUUUAAGUGAGGGCAACUGCUGUGUCGCGGGUUAGCGGGCUACGACAUGCCAGUAUUCCAGCGUUUUCGGCGUGCCAAUCUGCCAAGUGUGAUUGUAUGUGUGGGGAGGAUGGGAGCUGACGUGUGCGUUUCCCCUCUUGACGCGAACACGCAUACAUGCACGUGGGACGCAUAUCUGUAUGUUGGCGCUCACAGCGGCAGCGAUGUUGCGUAACCGAGGCAUUUUUGGCUGCUGGGAACUGGGGCGGGGCGCGCAGGCCGCGCAUGUCGUGGCCGUGGUAACCGAAUGGCGAGAACCCGCGUGGAAGGGCUGACCGGUUUCACCGGUGCCUGUUCGGGCGGCUCGCGAAUGAACCGAUAACAUAACAUCGCGUGAUAAGUUGGGCCGAAAAGUCUGUGCGCCGUAAUUACAUACUGCAUGCAUGCACUAGCGAAGUAUUGCCAGCCAGACGCAGCCAGUCACCCACACGGCGGUCCAGGAUAGAAGUCCACACCCAACAACCACGCAGCCACUAGUCGUCGUGCCACCUGCGUGACCCGGCUGUUGACAUAGUUGUAGUAGUCUUGAUGUUGGAGAAGCAUAGCAGCGAGGAAUGGCGGGGUCGCUCGGGCUUCGGCUUGCGGCUUUUGCACGCGCGACUUGGCACGUCCGCGCCCCAGCUUGCAUUACUCAGUUCAGCAUUCAUGUACUUGAUCGUUGCAGUGGCAGAAGUGCAUGGGGCACGACUGCUUCAUGGCGCCGAGGGCCCAAGCUGGUGAGCAAUUUCGCCAAGACGUCGCACUCUGGCGCGCCUGAAUUAAUUGAAUGAAUAAGUACGUGAUAGAAUAUUCAACGGCAACAUUUAAUCAAUUCUGUUGAAGCGUUCGCGGGGCAGCAGUUGGUGCUUGUCGUCCAUGUUGUGUAAGGUUUAAUAAUGCGCGAAUUAGUUUCUGCCAUAUUCAUCUCCACUCACGUCCACACACACGCGCGCUGUGGGGUCGGUUACAGCUGUCUCGCUUUAGCCCGCAAGAUAGCUGUGGCUUGUACUUCCAUAUUUAUGCGCGUAUGCUGUACCUAGGAAGCGUAGUGGAGUCUAAGGAUGACACACGCUAAAAUCGGAACUGGCGCAAUGCCGGCACUGGCCAGCGGUCGUCCACACCACCAGACUUGGACCUGGGUGACCUUGCUAGCGCCCAUGUGCCCGACUCGCUUCAAACGGGGUGCCUUGACCAGGUUUAGUCCCACGCGUCACGGUGUGCAUAUGCCUGUGCGUGUGGGUUCCAGCAGCAGGUAGGCAUACCGUACACCCAUGGUCAC